AUGUCUGCAAACAGUUUCACCGGUACCAACCCCGCGGGUUCCAACCACCCCACCACAAGCACGCACACCACUGCCACUACCACUAGUGGCACCAAGGGCGCCGAGGCUGGACAAGGCUUGAAGGGCAUGUUCGCUAAGGGUCACGUAAGUCUUCUACUCCCCGUCUCGAGAUCUGCUUUUGACAAGGCAUACAGNGGUAUUGGCGAGUCUAUCCGUGGCAACAUCAACUCGGCCAUUGAUGGCUUCACUGGCGACAACGCUUCCCUGGCAAAGAACGAGCAAGUCGCACGUGGAGGUGAACAGGAGUUCCAGACUGGCGAUUUUGUCAGAAAAGGAACCACCGACAAGGCCCUUUAG